AUGUCCUCCUCCCCGAAGACAGUUGUCCUCAUCACUGGCUGUGCCGGUUGGCUAGGUGGCCUGCUCAUUCACCAACUACUCGCCGACCCCGAGACGCCGAACUGCCAUUUCAUUCUCGCAGACGUCGUCGAGCCCAAGGCCCCUCAGAAUGCGCCAGCCAUAACAUUCAAGGCCGAUCUUACAGUAAAGGAAGAGAUCGACAAGCUGUUCGAGACAGAGUACGGCACGCCAGCCGUUAUCUACGCUCUACACGGAAUCAUGUCUCGGGGUUCGGAGGACGACUUUGACCAUGGCAUCAAGGUCAACGUCGAUUCAAUGCGGCUUCUCCUAGACAAGGCACGUCACGAAGGCGCCAAAGCAGGCAAGCUCAUUCGAUACAUCUUCGCAUCGUCACUAGCAGUGUAUGGCGGGCCCCUGCCCGACGUCGUUACCCCACUGACCAUUGCUACGCCUGAAGGCGCGUACGGAAUGGGAAAACUGUCGACUGAGCUGUUCAUCAACGAAUACUCGCGCCGAGGCUUUGUGGACGGCAUUAUCAUGCGGCUCCCGACCAUCGUGGUGCGCCCUGGCGUGCCGUCCAACGCAACAUCAGCCUUUAUCUCCGGUAUCAUACGCGAGCCGCUCAAGGGUAUCGAGGCUACUUGCCCCAUAGGCGACUCGUAUGAUUCGCCCGAGCUCGACAAGCUCAGGGCAUGGUUGGCAUCACCCGAGACGACAAUACGGAACUUCGUCAGAGCCUCACACGUCCCGGCCGAGAGCCUUCUACCGCACACGCGUGUGAUCUGCCUACCGGGCUUUACCGCUAGCGUGCGCGAUGAGCUCAACGCACUGCGCGAAGUGGCCGGCGAAGAGGCGCUCAAGCUGGUGAGGUUCGAAGACAACCCGACGAACCGCAGGAUCGUGUCGUCGUGGCCGGCGGCGUUUGACAACUCCUACCCGCUCAGCCUCGGCUUCGUGGCCGACGAGGGCGGCAUGGUGCCCGUCGUCCGCCAGUUCAAGAAGGACGUUGAGGCUGGAAUCGCAUAG